GCCAUUAUCACUGCCACCCUCCUCCUUUCUUUCUCUCUUUCUUUCUCCCUCCCUUUAUUUCUCUUUCUUUUUCUCUCUCUCCUAUCUUCCUAUCCCUCCUCUCCUCCUUCCCUCUCUCUUAUCUUGCUCUCUCUGUUCCUUUCUCUGCCCCUCCCUCUCCCAUCCUCACCCUGACCACUGGAGCAGCAUGAGGAUGGACUUUAAAUAUUUGAAGGAGUACCUGGGCUGGCUGUACUACCAGUACCUGCUCAUCACAGGCAUAUAUGUGCUGGAACCCUGGGAGCAGUCCAUCUUCAACUCUGUCCUCUUCUCCUCCAUGGCCAUGGUCAUCUACACCUCCUACACCUUCGUGCCUGUACACGUGCGUCUGGCACACAAGUUCUUCUCCGGAAUCUGCGGGGAACAGCCAGAGAGCACCAUGGCACUCAUAAAGUAAGCAGUGGAUGAAUGGGAUGGAUGGCAGGAAGGAGAUUGGGAAUAAGAAGGGAGGACCCCCUAUCUAAGAUCUUGACAUUUGACCUUGACCUCACUUGACUCGAUGGCCGUCUGACCUCUCAGUUCUCUCUCACCACCCUCUCACCAUACAGUCACCCACUACUCCCACAAUCCACAAUACUCUACUACCUACUCAGCAAAGGAAGGUUGAGUUUAGGAUGUUUCUGUGAAAUAUUCUGGGAGAAUACCUCCCUUUACUACUGUCAUAAAGCAAAUCUUUCCCUAGACUAGUCUCCUGCUAUACAACGUAAUCAGAGACAUUGAGACCAGGCAAAGAUUACAAGAUUUUUACAUUUUCCUCCCAACCCUAAAUAUGUCUGAUGAUUUGUCAAUGAAUACAUUGAUCAAACUGAACAAUCAUAUCCUUGUGUGCACAGCCCUGCCCUCCAUCCACAGGGUUUUUACUGUUGCUAUGCUUGGCAAGAGGAAAUAUUAGCUCUCUGGUUCAGGCUUUGCUUUGUCAUUGACUUAAGGACCUUCUGAUUUAGUCUGUAUAUGAUUUGUAACUAUAUUUAUAUUGAUAUUUAUAUGCACUGGUAAAGCUUGGCUGGUUACAAUGUAAAUUACGAAAAAGUUUGUUUUCUCUUGUGGCCAUGUACAGUGCAUUCAGGAAGUAUUCAGACCCCUAGACUUUUUCCACAUUUUGUUACUUUACAGUCUU